UCAGGCGUCAUCAUCCCGCGCCGCCGAGGCGCCCCGCCGAGGGCUGGCGGGGCCGGGGGUCUCGCCGCCCCCCGCCCCAGGGCACCCCCCCGCGUGCCCCCCGCCGCCGGGACGAUGCUGUUCUCCCUGCGGGAGCUGGUGCAGUGGUUGGGCUUCGCCACCUUCGAGAUCUUCCUCCACGGCCUGGCGCUGCUGGCCUUCUCGGUGCUGCUGGUGCUGAAGGUGGACGGCGAGGCCGCGGCGCUCUCCUGGUGGCUCGUCUUCGUCCCCUUCUUCGCCGCCGACGGCCUCAGCACCUACUUCACCACCAUCGUCUCGGUGCGGCUCUUCCAGGACGGUGAGAAGCGCCUGGCCGUGCUGCGGCUCUUCUGGAUCCUCACCAUCCUCAGCCUUAAGUUCGUCUUCGAGAUGCUGCUGUGCCAGAAGCUGGUGGAGCACACCCGGGAGCUCUGGUACGGGCUCAUCAUGUCGCCUGUCUUCAUCCUCCUCCAGCUGCUCAUGAUCCGAGCCUGCCGGGUGAACUGACGGCAAGGGAGCGGGCUCCGGGUCACCGCCCUCGCCCCGGCCGGGGACGCGCCCGGCUCACCAGGGAGCCCUGGACUCGUAGUGACGGUCAUCGGGCUUUUUCCCAACCUUUAUUUCUGUAUGGAGUGGCAGGUUACGCAGGGACGGCACUGUGUGAGCAAGGGUCUGUAAUUAAGCAUGCUGCUGUGUUGCAUAGCGUCGUGUUUCUUCGAAAGAUCCCUUUGUGCCGCAUCCCUAUUGCAAUUCACUCAGCUCUUGGUGUUAGUCUUAAAGUACCCCACCGCGCAAGCACUGUUUGAUACACCAGUUAUUUUAUUUUAAAAUAAAAAUGCACGGAAGGAUUA